AGCGAGAUGGUCGUUCGCUGGAUUGCUUUUAUAUUGGGGGCAGCUCUCUUACAGAGCUUAUCCGCGUUAAGCCCCAUUCCUGUACCCGAAGAUGAGUGGACGGAAUUUUGGAGAAUGUUGCGUGACCCAUCCUACCGCCUUCCUACCACCACGCGGCCAUCACGAUAUGAAAUUAACUUGACUCCGUAUUUCGAUAUCACUACUGCUCCUAAUAUUAGACCAUUUUCUUUUGAUGGUAUUGCAUUUAUAUACAUCACAGCCACUGAGGCUAAUGUCAGAGAAAUAGUAAUGCACUGUAAUGAUCUGACGAUCCAAAGUGUGUCUGUCACUUUAAACAAUGCUCAGAUAGGUCUAACUAGCGAUACGUUCGAGUGUGAGAUGCCAAGGAGCUUUUUAAGAAUAGGUACGAAUGAAGCAUUGCAAUUGGGACAGCAAUAUGUUGUUCGAGUAACGUACACGGGUAAUCUCCAAACGAAUAUGCGAGGUUUCUAUAGGAGUUGGUACAGAGACUCAACUGGGAUAAGGUGGAUGGGUACAACCCAAUUCCAGCCCGGUCAUGCUCGCCAAGCAUUCCCUUGUUACGACGAGCCCUCGUUUAAAGCACUGUUUGAUAUCACCAUCAAUAGAGAAAGCAAUUUCAGUUCCAGCAUAUCCAACAUGCCGAUAAGAAAUGCAGCAAUCUUACCCAACGGAAGAACGGCUGAAACAUUUUACACAACUCCACUAACUUCGACGUAUUUAGUUGCGUUUAUAGUGUCGCAUUACCAGAAAGUAUCGACCAAUAAUAAUUUACAACGCCCAUUCGAUAUAUACGCUAGAGAUAAUGCUGGAAGAACUGGUGAUUGGUCUCUUGAAAUUGGUGAGAAACUUCUUGAAGCUAUGGAAAAUUAUACUCAAAUUCCAUAUUAUACUAUGGCUCAAAACAUAAACAUGAAACAAGCUGCCAUCCCAGACUUUUCUGCUGGUGCUAUGGAAAAUUGGGGUCUCUUAACGUACAGGGAAGCCUUAAUUCUGUACGACCCACAAAAUUCCAACCAUUUCUACAAACAACGGGUAGCCAAUAUAGUAUCGCACGAGGUCGCUCAUAUGUGGUUUGGUAACCUUGUCACUUGUGCUUGGUGGGACAACUUAUGGUUAAACGAAGGAUUCGCCAGAUUUUAUCAGUACUAUCUCACACAUUCGGUUGCGCCCGAUUUAGGAUACGACACUAGAUUUAUUGUAGAACAAGUUCAUUCUGCCAUGUUAUCUGAUUCCAUUGAUUCUGCACACGCGCUUACAAACCCAGAUGUUAAUGAUCCCGCUACUGUUAGUGCGCACUUCUCUGUUAUCACCUAUGCAAGAGGUGCUUCCGUCCUUAGAAUGACUCAACAUUUACUCGGAGAAGACACCUUUGUUAAAGGACUACGCAGAUAUCUAGACGCCAGGAAAUUCGAUGUAGCAGAACCGGGUCAUUUGUUUGAAGCUUUGGAUGCAGCAGCAGCUGAAGACAAUGCACUCGCCCAGUACAACGGUAUCACUAUUGAUAGAUAUUUCAAAUCCUGGUCUGAAAAGGCCGGUCAUCCUGUGCUGACUGUCAGCAUUAACCAACGAACAGGUCAAAUGAUUGUAACUCAAUCACGUUGGAACCGCGAUAAUGGAGUCUCACAAUUCCCCAGUCUUUGGGACGUUCCUAUCACGUGGACGAGAGGAGGAGCUCCAGAAUUCAAUAACCUAAAACCAUCGCAAGUCUUGACAGCUCAAGUGUCUACUGUUCAAAGAGGGACAGAGGGUCACGAGUGGGUUAUUUUCAAUAAACAGCAAACUGGGUUCUAUAGGGUGAACUAUGAUAACACUAACUGGGCUCUUUUGACUAGAGCUCUUCGUAGCAAUAACAGAACAUUGAUUCAUGAAUUGAAUCGUGCUCAGAUCGUUGAUGAUCUAUUUGCUUUCGGUAGAGCUGGAGUUCUGCCUUACAAUAGAGUUUUUAAUGUUUUGUCGUUUUUAAAAAUGGAAGAUGGUUAUGCACCAUGGAUCGCUGCUAUUACAGGUUUUAACUUCGCAGCAAGUCGAUUAUCAUACAACAGUACCCAUUUGCAAAGAUUACGGAAUGAAAUAAUAAAUCUGAGCACUGCUGUCACCGCACGUCUUGGUUACACCGAAGUAAAUAGUGAUACAUAUAUGGACGGUUUACUUCGUAUGUACGUUAUGACAUUCCUGUGCAAUAUGGGUCACCCUGAAUGCACAGCAGCAGCAAGACAAAACUUUGCAAGCUGGAGAAGUAAUACAUUCUUACCAGCGAAUAUGCGUCCAUGGGUUUACUGCAGUGGUCUUAGACAAGGAACUGCUGAAGAUUUCGAUUAUUUCUGGAAUCGUUUCCUCAAUGAAGAUCUCGCUAGCGAGAUUGUUGUUAUGAUACAAGCUGCUGGAUGUACAACUGAUCAACUAAGCUUAGAUAAAUUCUUAGACGCUAUAAUAUCAAACAACGACAUUAUCAGGCCACAAGAUUUUAGUACUGCUUGGAACUCAGCAGUGACUGGCAAUGAAGAAAAUACAGCAAGAUUAUUUAACUGGCUCAGAAGAAAUGUAAAUCAAGUCAUAGCUAACCUUGGCAGCGCUGCUACUCCUAUAAGCAACAUUGCUAGUCGCUUAAGAAACGAAGAACAGAUCAAUGAAUUCUUAGCUUGGUUGGAACAAAAUCGUGAGAUUCUCGGUAACGAUUAUAACACUGGAAUCAAUGGAGUCACGGCUACUAGAAACAACCUUGCAUGGUCAGUUCGUCGUGUGUCCGAAUUCCUAAACUACUUUGACACUGGUUUCGUUGAAGAUGAACUUGACGAUAUAACAGAUGAAGACGGUGGAACUGAAGAUGGUGGAACUGAAGACGGUGGAAAUGAAGACGGUGGUGAAGACAGUGGUGAUGGCGAACCAGACUCGGCUAAUAUAGUUACGCUAAGCUUUGUAACUUUAGUGACAACAGUUGCUAUAAGUUUAAUGGCAUAAUGUUGAAAUAUAAUAAUGU